AAGACGAUAAGCGAUAACCCAGACCUCCUGAUCCAGCAAAUUAUAGAAAAAGAUUGGUUUUUCUUUCUCUACCUGUAGCAAAUUCACUGCACCGAGGUCCUUUUUCUCACAGAUUAUCAGCACAGAAUCGACACGUUCACAAGCUCUGACUGGCAAUGGCAUGUGACAACCUGACAGCAGUUCUUUAUAAAACCAAUGACCUGAGAUUGGAAAAUCGCCCGAUUCCAGAACCAACAGACAAUGAAGUCCUAUUGGAAAUGGGAUCAGUUAGUAUUUGCGGAUCUGAUGUCCACUACCUUCAACAUGGGAGAAUUUGUGAUUUUAUUGUCAAGGAACCCAUGAUAAUGGGCCAUGAGGCUAGUGGGACAGUUGUGAAACUUGGAUCAAAAGUGAAAAACUUAAAUAUAGGUGAUCGUGUCGCUAUUGAGCCGGGUGUGCCAUGCAGCACAUGUGAGUACUGCAAAGAAGGGAGGUACAAUCUCUGCCCAGAUAUUGCGUUUUGCGCUACACCACCUUUCCAUGGCAAUCUUUCAAGAUUCUACUGUCACAAAGCUGAUUUUUGCUUCAAAUUACCUCACAAUGUGAGCCUAGAAGAAGGAGCACUUCUUGAACCAUUAUCAGUUGGAGUGCAUGCUUGUAAAAAGGCUGAGAUCACAAUCGGAUCUAAAUUGCUAGUGCUAGGAGUGGGCCCGAUUGGACUUGUCACAACUCUCAUAGCGAAGGCAAUGGGAGCUGAAAAAAUUAUAGCAACUGAUUUACAGAAACAUCGAUUAGAGUUAGCAAAGAUAUGUGGGGCAGAUCAUACUGUACAAAUUAAUGGUACUGAAAGCGAAAAUGAUCUUGAAAAGGUUAUCAGAGAAACUUUGGGUGGCCAGCCUGAUAAAACAAUUGACUGUAGUGGAUUUGAGAGUUCAAUCAGACUUGGUUUGAAGGCGACUAAGAGUGGUGGAACAUUCGUACUGGUUGGAAUGGGUGCACAUGAGGUUAAAUUGCCUCUCGUUAGUGCUGCAAUUAAAGAAAUCACUAUAAAGGGUGCCUUUAGAUAUUGCAAUGAAGACAUUUUUAUUUUCAGCUAUGCAGUAGCAUUGUCGCUUGUUGCUACUGGAAAAGUCAAUCUGAAACCAUUGAUCACUCAUGAAUUUUCACUCAAGGACACUAUAAAAGCAUUUGAAACUGCUUCAAAUGGCACUGGAAAUCCCGUUAAAAUUUUGAUUCAUUGCAACAAAUGAUUUUCAUGUUUUGUAUAAUUUAGUCUCUUUUUAUUACAUAAUCAUUUAUAAAAUGAAAA